AUGAGAUAUCUAUCACAAAUAUUUCAACCAGUGAUUACUAUACCAAAGGGUGCAAAAAUAAAAAACACAGAAAUCACUUGUAAAAGCCAAAAACUUCUUCUAGAAUGUGGUCUCAUCCGUCCAACUACCUCUGGCUUCUUCACAAUUUUGCCACUAGCCAGACGAGCCCUAGAUAAGCUUGAACUAUUGGUAAAUUCCUGCCUAGAAAGAGUGCAGGCACAAAGAAUAUCAUUACCAUGCCUGACCUCUGCAAAUCUGUGGGAGAAAACAGGAAGACUAGACAGUGUUGGAUCAGAACUCUUUGCAAUCAAAGAUAGGCAUGAUAAAAAGUAUUUGCUGGCACCUACUCAUGAAGAAGCUAUUGCAGAUCUUAUGGCAGAUGUUGGGCCUCUCUCACAUAAACAGUUACCACUUCUUUUGUAUCAGAUAUCAAACAAAUAUAGAGAUGAGCUACGACCAAAGCAUGGUUUACUCAGAGCAAGAGAAUUUAAUAUGAUGGAUUUGUAUGGAUUUCAUAGUAAUAUACAAUGUGCACAUAAUACAUAUAGUCAAGUUACCGAGGUAUACAGACGGUUGUUUGAUUUAUUGGGUCUACCCGUUCAUAGAUUGGUAGCACCGACCGGUGAAAUGGGGGGAUCGUUAUCCCACGAAUGGCAACUCCCAGCACUCGCGGGUGAGGACUCGAUAAACAUAUGCCCGUCCUGCUCGCACGUACAGCGGAGCGGAGAGUGCGAGAAGUGUGCGAGCGAGACGGAUGUAGUUCAGACCGUUGAGGUCGGUCACACAUUCAUUCUUGGUACAAAAUACAGCGAGCCCUUGCAAGCUAAAUGUAUUCACUCGGAUUCGAACUCUUCACCUUUGAUUAUGUCCUGCUAUGGAAUUGGUAUUACAAGAUUACUAGCUGCUACUUUAGAAGCAUUGUCGAGCGAAAGUCAGAUAAGAUGGCCAAAGAGUAUAGCGCCCUUCGCCGCGAUUGUUAUUGGGCCUAAGGAGGGUUCAAAAGAGUGGUCAAAGCACGGCUUAAAUCAUAUAGAGGGUGUAGCAAGAAAAUUUGACGGAAUUUUAGGAGAUGACGUGCUUUUGGAUGAUAGACAUACAUUGACCAUUGGAAAACGACUCUUAAUGGCGGACAGAAUGGGCUACCCUCAUAUAAUAGUGUGUGGUCGAAAUUCAAUCGAAACACCGCCGAGAUACGAACUUUACACAAACGGUCGACGGGAACCAAUAUUGGGUGACAUCAACGAACUUAUGGAUGUAAUAAAUGGCAAUUCUGACACUCAACGUGACAGAUCUCGGUCUUAG